UUGCUCUCACCACCACCUUUCUCUCCUCGUUCACCGGCGUUCUCAGACAGUGGAGCGGACACACAUAAGCUUCAUCACCAGCAUCGCGCGUCUUCACCUGCGCACUCAGAAAGUACCAUCUCAUCAGCCAGAACGCGGAGUAGAAUGGAUGCGUUAGCUUGUCUAGAAGGUAGGGGAAAAUUGGGAGUGCGGGGCCAUGGGCGUGGAGAUGGACGCUGAAUGAGUAACUUCAUGAGUAUGAGCGACGGCGAGGACGAAGAGGGUGACGGUGAGAGCAACCGACGGGAUAUAAUUGUUACUCGCCCUCGGGGAGAGGAGAUACGGCUCGCGCCGACCAUUUGUGUUGAGGACAUAGGCUUGAUGGGGGACGUCGAGGAUGAAGGAGCUGAGGAAGGGCAGAGCCCUUCCAAUUCUUCGUGUCUCUUCGUGAGCAACAAAGUACGGCCUGGACCAGACGAUAAUCAGCGUAUCCGGAAAGGAUUCUCGCCCUCACCUGCACUGUCUGUACCGUUAUUUUUAUCCGGGACGACGCUCGUUGUUGGGCCUUCUGCGUCGGCAAGCAGUUCGUCCCUUCCCGCCAUGUCGACCUCGGCGCCAGCUGCAUCCUACCUUGUAGGUAAUGUUGUCGGAGCUUCACCUGCCUCCACAGCCAUGUCUUGCAGACGCAAACGACGGAGUACGCUUGAAUCAUCGUUUCCUCUGCGUAGUUCCAUCGAUCUGAAGGCCGAUCCAGACGAGCGCGUGUCUUCGUGGAAGUGGAGAAGUUUUAUCGAGAUUGGCAUUGCCUGAUUGUAAAUCCCUCUUGCGACGUGGUAUGAUCUUUCCCCCACGAUGUUUCUUACUGUUCGUAUUCUAUCUAGCUAUCCUAUUCACUUUGCUUACCGGAUACACGGGAUGUA